CCAUCCAUGCAAAACCGUAAACGAGAAGAUAUUACCAUUUCACCCUAAGAAAACAAUUAUUCACCUUCACAUCCACCACAGUGAUUCCAUGGCUACCAACACCUGAAUCUGCAAUAACGCGGUGGAGUUUAGGCGUACGAGGGGGGGUCCGGGCGGCGAGGAUCCGGAAGGGUGCGUUUGCGAGGCAGGGGAGCCGACGGAGCGCCAGACACCACCUGUUUCCGCGGGCAUCUGCCUCCGCCAUGCCCGCACCUUGAGCAUCCCUCCGCCUUGGAAUAUGAAGGUGUCUGUAUGGGCGUGGGCGGCCGUCGUGGCGGUGCUGGGGGCGGCCGCCAGCGAGGAGCAGCUGCUGCACAUUGGGGGUAUUUUCCCCAUCCGUGGCUCCGGCGGGUGGCAGGGAGGGCAGGCCUGCCAACCCGCCGCCAUGCUGGCUCUGGAGGAUGUGAACAAUCGACCGGAUCUCCUGCCUGGAUACAAACUCAACCUGGCGUGGAACGAUUCUCUGUGCGAACCGGGCCUCGGAGCGGCGGUGAUGUACGAUCUCCUCUACAAUCCACCGACGAAACUGAUGCUUCUGGGCGGGUGUUCGACUGUCAGCACGACCAUCGGCGAAGCGGCCAAGAUGUGGAAUCUGGUUGUGCUCUCCUACGGAUCGAGCUCCCCGGCGCUGGCCGACAGGAACCGCUUCCCGACGUUCUUCCGCACGCAUCCUUCGGCCACGGUGCACAACCCGCUGCGAAUAAAGAUCAUGCAGAAGUACGACUGGUCCCGCGUGGCCAUCCUCCAGCAGGCCGAGGAGGUGUUCAUCUCGACGGUCGAGGACCUCGAGGUUCGGUGCAAGGAGGCCGGCAUCGAGAUCGUGACCCGUCAGAGCUUCCUCUCUGACCCCACGGACGCCGUGCGCAACCUGAAGCGGCAGGACGCGAGGAUAAUUGUCGGUCUCUUCUACGUGGUGGCUGCCCGGCGCGUCCUCUGCGAGAUCUUCAAGAACAAGCUCUAUGGCAAGAGCUACGUGUGGUUCUUCAUCGGCUGGUACGAGGACGGCUGGUACGAGCAACACCUUCAGGAGGAGGAGCUGAACUGCACCCGCGAGGAGAUGCGCUUGGCGGCCGAGGGUCACCUCACCACCGAGGCCCUUAUGUGGAAUAAGGACAACCAGAGGACGAUCUCUGGCAUGACUGUGGGAGACUUUCGGCGGAGGCUGAACCAGGCGCUCAUCGAUAACGGCCACAGGAACGGAAGCACACCGGUGGGAUACCAGGAAGCCCCCCUGGCCUACGACGCCGUGUGGAGCGUGGCGCUGGCCCUCAACCGCACGAUCGAGAGGCUGGCGGCGAGGAACACGUCCAUCGAGAAAUUUACGUACACGAACAAGGAAAUUGCCGAUGAACUCUACUCCGCCAUGAAUGCCACGCAGUUCCUCGGGGUUUCGGGCCGGGUCGCCUUCAGCACGGACGGCGACAGAAUAGCAUGGACCCAAGUGGAGCAGAUGAUCGACGGCAAGUACAAAAUCCUCGGAUACUUCGAUGGCCAAACAGACAACCUUACCUGGUACAACGUGGAGUCCUGGGUUGACGGAAAGGCGCCCCCCGACCGCACCAUCGUCCGGCCGCAGCUGAGGACCGUGUCCCUGGGCCUCUUCAUCAGCAUGUGCACCAUCAGCGCCGUGGGGGCCGUGUGGGCGCUCCUACUGCUCGUCUUCACCUUCGUGUACCGGCAUAGACGCCUGAUCCAGAUGUCCCACCCGGCCUGCAACAACAUCACCCUGGUGGGCAUCAUCCUCUGCCUGGGCUCCAUCUUCCUGCUGGGCCUUGACGGGCAGUUCGUGAGCGAGCAGAAGUUCCCGAGCGUGUGCGGACUGCGGGCGUGGUGCCUGUCUCUCGGCUUCACCCUCGCCUACGGGGCCAUGUUCUCGAAGAUCUGGCGCGUGCAUCGGCUCACCACCAAGACCAAGACGGAGAACAAGUUCUCCAAGAUUUGGCGCGGCCACAAGUUCACCAGGAGGAGACACCAGCCCGUCCAGCGGGUGGAGCCCUGGAAGCUCUACGUGAUGGUCGGGAGCUUCGUGGUCGUCGACGUGAUCGUGCUGGGCGUGUGGCAGGGCGUCGACCCCCAGCAAAGGACGCUCGAGGUUUUCCCGCUGGAGGUUCCCCGGGACACCGUCGAGGACAUCAAGAUCAAGCCCGAACUGGAACACUGCGAGAGCCAACACAACACCAUCUGGCUGGGUCUGCUCUACAGCUACAAGGGGCUGCUUCUCAUCUUCGGACUCUUCUUGGCUUACGAGACUCGAAGCGUCAAACUGAAGCAGAUUAACGAUUCUAGACUGGUGGGUAUGAGCAUCUACAACGUCGUGGUGCUGUGCCUGAUCACCGCCCCCGUCACCCUCGUCAUCUCCUCGCAGCAAGACGCCGCUUUCGCCUUCGUGUCCUUGGCCAUCAUCUUCUGCUGCUUCCUCUCGAUGGCCCUGGUCUUCGUGCCCAAGAUCGUCGAAGUGAUGAGACACGUCGAGCGCGCCGAGUCCACGGUCGACGGCGCCCCCAGCAAGGAGGAGGAGGAACGCUACCAGAAGCUGCUGCGGGAGAACGAGGAGAUGCAGAGGAUCAUCUCCGAGAAGGAGGAGAAGAUCCGGCUCCUGAAGCUGAAGCUGCAGGAGCGCGCCGCCAUCAGGAGCCGUGAGCAGCAGGCGGCGGAAAACCACGUGACUGCCGUGGACGCCACCCAGCAGAUGCGCCUUCGACAAGGUUGCCGUCCUGCAGUGCGAAUAGUGACUCCCGAAGGCCCGGGCGCCGACGACAGUAUGGUGCCCAGGAUCAACUUCGAUAUCUCCGAGUCCUACUUGUGAAGUGGCGCCAUCGGGGACUGAUCUGGGACCCACUUCGAGGAGGCUUCACGGUUGGCUGUCGUCGUCAAGAGAUGUCCCCUCGUGAGGCUGUGGUGUCCGAGUGUUCGCGAAGCCGUUGUGACGCAGAGGGUCUUGCUUUCCUUGGGUGUUGGUUCGACGGUAGUUCGAGUCGGGCCUCAGUUCGAGUUCGGAUAAGGCGCCGUGGCAUGUGCAGCAUAAACCCUGAAGAAAAAGUUACGAUUUGUUCACAGUAUGAAGUUCCACUUAUUGAUGCCCAAUGGAGAUAUCAUGGUGUCACCAAGACAGAUGCCAAAAAUUGGCCCCAUUUCGGUACCAGUGUGAAUUUUCACCAAUUCCGUCAAUGGAGAAAGUAUCAGAGGCCUUGAGAAUAUCACGGCGGUCCCCAUAACGUUGUCAUAUCCCGAACUCACUAUGGCAUUGUCCCCAUGUCAGUAAUUGCACGUUUCAGACUCGAUUCAAAGCUGAUAGCAAGCUGGUUCUCCAGAUGGAUUUUUUCCUGCUUAGGCUCUUCUACUGCUUCGCACCAGGGCUUGUGACCUGCUGCUUUCGCACAAGCAGUCCUUUUGGUUGCGAUGGAGAGUUGUACUGGAGUCCCUUUUCAGUGUCUGACGUCAUGUAAGAGGCCUCAGACAGGUACCUGCUUAAUGAUUGCUGAAAUAUUACUGUACAGAGACCCAUGAAGCGUCCUCAUGGUAAUGCGAACAAAUAUGGACACCGUGUUUCGGUGUCCGUUUGGUUCGAGUUGGUUGUCCAUGAUAUUGCCUCUCUGCCCACAACUGCCGCGACCAUGAUCGGUGAUCAACCAUAUAAAUAAAAAGUUACCAUAACAGUACUCUUAAAAAAAAGUAAAAAAAAAAAGAAAGAAAAAA